ACAAGUUGUCGCCAUACCGAACGCACCAACACGAGAUCGUGGAAGAACCAGGUUCGAAGCCGACCUUCCGAGCACCAUAUCGGCUCAGCUCCACGGAGCUAGCCGACAUGAAGAAGCAGAUCGAGUAUCUCCUCGCAAAAGGACUCAUCCGACCAUCCACUUCGCCAUACGGUGCCCCAGUACUCUUCACAUCGAAACCGGACGGAAGCCUGCGCAUGUGCAUCGAUUACCGAGCUCUCAACAAGCAGACCAUCAAGAACAAAUAUCCAAUCCCACGAAUCGUUGACCUGCUUGACCAGCUUCGGGGAGCCACGGUAUUUUCCAAACUGGAUCUGCGGUCCGGAUACUGGCAGAUAGAAACGGCAGACAAUUUUAUCCACAAAACUACCUUCCGAACUCGAUACGGGUCAUACAAGUAUCUGGUAAUGCCAUUCGGACUCACCAACGCACCAGCAACGUUCCAAGAUGAAAUGAACCAUAUUCUAUGCCCACUCUUGGACGAAUGCAUGGUGGUGUACCUGAACGACAUCCUCAUCUAUUCGCGCGACAUGCAGCAACACGUCCAACACCUGCGACGCGUCUUUGACAUUCUCCGACGAGAACGAUUUUACGUCAAGUUUUCCAAGAGCGAAAUCGCCCUCAAGAAAGUCCAAUUCCUAGGACACAUGGUGAGCGCUCAAGGAGUUCACGUCGACCCCAAGAAGAUCGAAGCCGUACGCACGUGGAAGACACCCGAAAACGUGAAGGAGUUGCAGCAGUUCCUAGGCUUCGCUAACUACUAGAACAUGUUCGUGUCAUAAUACGCAAAA